GAUGUUUAAUAUUUUGUUAAAACAUUCAGCUUGUUAAUUCACAAUUAUAACAAUAAAUUAUUUUUUUUAUAAUACAUAAACUACUAUAGUAAAAUAUUCUUAAUAUUAUUAUUUUUUGAAAUUGUUCACGUUAAAUUCACUCAAAAUAAAAAAAUAGAAAUGGCAGCUGCAACUGUUGAUCCUGUUCCUGAUGUCGAGAUGACAGAUGUAUCAGAUUCUCAAGAAAAGAAAGAUGCUGUUGUUAUUCAAGAAGUUAGAGACAACAUUCGUCAGAUAGAAAAAGCAGUUCAAACAAAAGAAACCCGUUUCAUUCUACGUGUUUUAAGAUCAUGGCCUGUAAUUCGUCGCAAGCUUAAUGCAGUAGUUCUGUGGUCUGUUAUAAAUGGUUUUUAUACUCAUCCUUCUUCUGACCGAGAUUUAUUGUUAACUUAUGUUACUACUCCUACUGAUAUACCUGACAUUGUUAAAAUGAGGACAGGGAAAAAUGCAACUGGUGCACUUUUACCAGAAAUAGAUGGGUAUAUAAGAUUACUGGUUUUGGUACAAUUAAUUGAUAAAGGAGACUACAAAAAAGCAGUAGAGUUCUCCGAUUUAUUAAUGUCAAAAAUAGUUGAUAAAAAUAGGCGUACAUUAGAUUUGAUUACAGCUAAAGCAUACUUUUAUCACAUGAGGUGUUAUGAGUUAACAGAUCAAUUGCAUAAAAUUAAAGGGUUUUUAUACAGUCGUCUUAGAACUGCAACAUUAAAAAAAGAUUAUGAGGGACAAGCUGUUCUUAUCAAUUGUUUACUACGAAACUAUUUGCAUUAUAAUUUAUAUGAUCAAGCAGAUAAAUUGGUUCAGAAAUCAGUUUUUCCAGAACAAGCCAGUAAUAAUGAAUGUGCUCGUUUUUUAUAUUAUCAAGGUCGUAUUAAAGCAGCUCGACUUGAGUACUCAGUAGCGCAUAAAAAUUUAAUUCAAGCUUUACGUAAGGCACCACAAAACUCUGCUAUUGGUUUUAGACAAACAGUUCAAAAAUUGGCUGUAACAGUAGAACUUUUACUAGGUGAUAUACCAGAAAGACAUAUAUUUCGCCAGUUAAGUUUACGAAAGGCACUUAUUCCUUAUUUUCGGCUUACUCAAUCUGUUAGACUAGGAGAUCUAAAUAUGUUUAGUGAGACAUUAGAAAAUUUCAAGAAAAAUUUUGUAGCGGAUCAUACUUAUAUGUUGAUUGUUCGUUUACGCCAUAAUGUUAUUAAAACAGCUAUUAGAGCCAUUGGUGCAUCAUACUCACGUAUUUCUGUUAGUUAUAUUGCUGAGAAACUUGGAUUAGAUUCACCCAAAGAUGCCGAGUUUAUUAUUUCUAAAGCUAUAAGAGAUGGUGUUAUUCAAGCUACCAUUGAUCCUGAACAUGAUUAUGUCCAGAGUAAAGAGCCUGUUGAUAUUUAUUGCACUCUUGAACCCCAAAUGGCUUUCCACCAACGUAUAUCAUUUUGUUUAAAUUUGCAUAAUGAUAGUGUUAAAGCUAUGCGUUAUCCUCCUAAGUCAUAUGGUAAAGAUUUAGAGUCUGCAGAAGAACGUCGUGAACGUGAGCAACAGGAUUUGGAAUUAGCAAAGGAAAUGGCUGAAGAAGAUGAUGAUGGCUUCCCUUGAAUCAAUAUUUCUUUAAUAAAAUAAUACUUUUGUUUUCAAUCAUUAAUUGAUUAAUACAUUAUAAUUUUUAUUUGUACAAAUAUAUAAUACAUAAAAUAUAA